UUCGAAUCUAGAGAAAGUGUGUCAUUGCCUUCGGAACCUGACAGGAUAGAAAGCCUUCCACGGAGAACACGUGACAGUUUGAGCUCAGUUGAGAAAUGCAGCAGCUUUGGCAGGCAGAGAGGACGAGAGGAUGAGAGAGGGAUGUGCAUCUGCUUUAAAAACACAGAGGGAAAUAGAAGCAGCCUCACUAAUGCACAGUGCACAGCUCAGCUGUCUGCCAGUACCACUGCUGCAAAGAACGUAAUAGCAAAUGAAAGGAAGGGAAGCAUAAACAAAGGAAUGCACAGGGAGUGUUAAAAGGCACACAGAAGGACAGUCACAGCACGGUACUUGUAUAUAAAUGAGAAGGUGGACUUUGACAGCAGACUAAUACUUAGCUCCUCAGCAGGAGCAUCACAAUGAGGUGUAAUGUCCGUAGCCUGAUAUAGAAUAGCAUUGCAUUGCAGAGCAUCUCAUGGUGUUUCCAAAAGCCUCAGCAUGUCCAGGAGGAAAAUCUCAUCCGAAUCGUUCAGCUCGCUGGGGUCUGACUACCUUGAAACCAGCCCGGAAGAGGAAUCAGAAUGUCCUUUAGCAAGGCUGUGUUGGAAUGGCAGCAGGAGCCCCCCGGGGCCACAAGAAAAACACCCAGAGCCGGUCACUGGACCCAGGAGACCAACCAGGAGAAGACGGGUGAAUUUGGAUUCCUUGGGAGAGAGCAUACGGAAACUGACUGCUCCCACGCCUCAGACCGUGCAGCAGACCUUACAGAGAACAUUGCAACAUUAUGAGCAUCAAGUGAUCGGGUAUAGGGAUGCAGAGAGGAACCUGCAUAAUGCUUCAAUCAGAUGUUCUUAUGCUGGAAAUGAAGACGGGGAAGAUGUUGCAGGAAUUCUGCAGUGUACAGCUAACAUACUCGGGCUGAAACUUGAAGAAUUGCAAGAACGGUUUGGUGAAGAGUUUUUCAGUUCAUGUUUCGAGGAAAAUGAAAGAGUUCUUCGAGCUGUGGGAGGAACUCUUCAUGACUUCUUCAAUGGCUUUGAUGCUUUGUUGGAACACAUUAGGACUUCCAUUGGAAGACAGGUGACCCUUGAAUCUCCUUCUUUCCUAUGCAAAGAGCUUGCUGAUGGGACCUUAAUUCUACGUUGUGUUCACCUCCAUCAUAUUGUAGAAUUCGCCAUGCUUGGUAUGAUAAAAGCAGUAGGAAAGAAGAUCUACCAGUUAAAGGUCGAAGUGGAACAAAUAAACAAUGUCAAUGAAAAGCUGUGCCCUGAAAUCACAAGUCCUGGGAACUGCAACUCACUUACCUUUCAAAUUAAAGAAUGUGAUAAUUCCAAUAUCACAAAAAUACCUCUACAUAGAUCAUCCCAGAUCCCAUCAGACUUGAGGAUAAGCAUCAAUACAUUUUGUAUGGCAUUUCCCUUUCACUUGAUGUUUGAUUCGAGUAUGCUAAUCCUGCAACUUGGGGAAGGACUUCGAAAGCUGAUAAAAUGUGAAGUUCACAAAACCAUGAAGUUUCACGACAGUUUUGAAAUAGUAUCCCCAAAAGUCAUCUGUACCUUUGAACAAGUUCUUUUGAGACUGUCAACUCCAUUUGUCAUAAGGAAUACAACAGAUACGUCAGGGUCUGAAAAUAAAGACAAGAUAAUGGAAGUUAAAGGACAAAUGAUCCAUGUCCCUGAGUCCAAUUCUGUUCUGUUUUUGGGUUCCCCUCGUGUGGACAAACUGGAUGAACUGAUGGGCCGAGGCUUGCAUCUUUCAGAUAUACCUAUCCACGAUGCAACCCGUGAUGUUAUACUGGUUGGCGAGCAAGCCAAAGCUCAAGACGGUCUAAAGAAACGAAUGGAUAAAUUGAAAGCAACAUUAGAAAGGACACACCAAGCCUUGGAGGAAGAGAAAAAGAAGACUGUGGAUCUUCUCUGUUCUAUUUUCCCAGGAGAUGUGGCACAGCAGUUGUGGGAAGGAAAGUCAGUUCAGGCUAGGAAGUUUGAUGACGUCACAAUGCUUUUUUCAGACAUUGUGGGGUUUACCGCUAUCUGCGCCCAGUGUACGCCAAUGCAAGUGAUUAGCAUGCUGAACGAACUCUACACUAGGUUUGAUUACCAGUGUGGAUUCCUGGACAUAUAUAAGGUUGAAACAAUAGGAGAUGCGUAUUGUGUGUGCGCUGGAAUUCUUAGGAAGAGCAGCAACCAUGCAAAACCAAUUGCUCUGAUGGCUUUAAAGAUGAUGGAACUCUCUGAGGAAGUCCUCACGCCUGAUGGAAGACCUAUUAGGAUGAGGAUAGGAAUUCAUUCUGGCUCUGUCCUUACCGGGGUUGUUGGUGUGAGAAUGCCACGAUAUUGUCUGUUUGGUAACAAUGUCACUUUGGCAAGCAAGUUUGAGUCCGGAAGCCAUCCACGUCGCAUCAACAUUAGCCCAACGACGUACCAACUUUUAAAGGGGGAAGAAAAUUUUCACUUCGAACCCCGCUCACGUGAGGAUCUUCCAGAAAACUUUCCAAAGGAAAUUGCUGGGAUUUGUUAUUUCCUAGAGGACAAGAAUAGUCAAAAACAGCCAAAGCACUCCUUAACAUCUGUUAGAAUGAGAAAGGUGUCGUACAACAUCGGCACUAUGUAUCUUAGGGAAACGAGUGUAUGAAACCUUCUGCAGAUCAAAGACUCUUCAAAGAAGCACAAACCCAUAUCUGGGUCACGAUAGGGGUGCAGAGAAUCUUUCUGUUUAACUGCAUUAAGAAGAACACAACAGUUAAGAGCUCUGCGUCGGCAAUAAUAAUAAUAAUUUUCUGAUUUGUUUUCAAAAAAAGUGGGUGAUCAUUGUUUAGAUCAUAUAAGUAUUUAUGACAUAGAGAACAAACUGCGACAGAAAAGGUUAUGAUUUAUUUUCAGAUGUUUCCAUUUGUUAAUGAAUGAUCAUCGAAAAGCCAAAAUCCCAUUCUCGUAGAACAUCAACUCAUCGAUUAAAUUCAUAACCUCUUCUGUAGGACGAUGAGGAAUGAAAAUGGACUAGCUAUUUUAGACCUCAUCUGUUAUGUACACAUGAUUUACUCAUCCGCCUGUGAACGCCACAAUUAUUCACGAAAUCUGAAUGCGGUCUACCUGAUCAAGAUUUAAUAAACAAUUCCACAGUGAAAUGAAGAUCACGUAGUUACAUAACUGUGUAUACUCAUCACGAUGUGUAAUCUUGCAGUAGAAUCAUGAUCAAUGACUAAACAUUAAGAAUAUUCCAACUGAUUUAGAAAGUAAUUAGAUCAUUGUUUUGUAUCAUUUAUAAAGUGUUAUCCAGCCAUACUAUAAAUCUCAGUUUUCAAUAAGGAACUAAACCAUUUUUGCUGUUUUUUUUAUUUUAUUUUUUAUUUUAACAGCAAAUUC